UGUGUGCGCGCGCGCGAGCGCAAGGCGGCACGUACUGUAUUCUACAGCACAUGGCGACGUGUCAGUGUCACCCCUGAGGACCGCUUCACCUACGUGUCGAUCUUUUUCCGAGAAAUCGCUCGUUUUUAUUCGUGCAACAUCAACCAUUCGCAGUCAUCGAGUUGGCAGUUGGCAAUCGAACGGAAGCACUCUCCGCCAUUUUCGCCGUCUUCGCGCGUGAGGCCCAAUGAGGCCCACCGGUAUCUGAUACAGUGGUUUUGUGCUGUGGCGUGGCUGAUGCUUGCGGCCGCGCCUCUGGAUUCCACGAAACACCAACAAGCAAAACUGAUAAUAAUAUAAAAAGAGAUAUUUGCUAAAUUCUUGCCGCCGGGCAUCGUUCGGCCGUUUUCUCUUCUCAUCGUUCCAAAGGUGUCGGCCUCGCGUGUGUACGUGCGUCCCCCGCUGAGUGUACGUGCGUACGUGUGACGGAGCUGAUGCACGUGGAGGUGCGUUAGUGAGCGACGACGGCAACGACGACGCCACUGUGCCGCAUACCAGUGAGGUCCCGACUCUGGUCAUCAGGGAAGGGAGAUAGAGAAGCCUAGAGCUAAAUCGAAAGGAAGCGACAGAGACACAAAAAGAAUAGUGGUGGAGGAAGCGAUCAAUAAGGACGAGACGAAAAGAGAAAGAAAGACGGAGGAGCAACAAAAAAAAAAAAAAGAAAAGAAAGAGAGAGAAAGAAAGAGAUAGAGAAAGAGAGCGCGAAGCUGAGCCCGAUAGCCGGUGGGAGGGGAUUUACAAGAAGUCGGCCAUAAUAGCCUGACGCGAUCUCGAGCGAGCAGCUACAGCUGCUGCGAAAUAUCCGCACUAUCGUGUUCCUCUCGCCGUUGCCGCGCGCAUGUAUUUUGCAACUACAUGCUGCGACGACGUGUACGCGAAGAGAGAGAGAGAUAUAUAUAUAUACGCCGCCUCUGCCUGCCUUUGGAAAGCAACGACUGCGUAAUCGGCCCGCGAGUGCCCGCGAGCAUUAUCGGGCGGAGUCUCGUAUCGUUCACCAAGUUGCGAGCAUGUCGCAUGCUUCACAUACACUUCAAUGAGCUUCUGAGUCAUGUCUACGUGGUCUGACGGUGCGCGCGGAAAGUAUAAUUUAACCAGCUAGUAUUUUAAUGUUCGACAAGACCAGUAAUAAUUUUCGAAUGUCGCUGUCACAACUGAGAAAAUCGCGAUACCGAUGUAUUUCGCGUUGAAAUCACCGAAAGAUUUUUUUUUUCGCUUAAACCAGUUUUUGAUCAGUGAUUAUAAAACGCGGCAAUGAGCGGUUGAACUUGGUGUGUACAAUUGUUGGAGAUUUAAGCUUGAUAGAAAAACUGUUUUUGUUAUUUAUAUUUUUACCACAAAUUAAUCACUUUGCAAUCGAAUAAAAAAUGAGAGGAGCUAAUCAGGACACAGCAACGCCGUAUUGUCGGUGCAGAGUACUUUACUUGGGCAGUUCGGUCCCUCACGCGAGCAAAGAGGGACUUCUCGGUGUUCAGGAACCUCUGAGAGAACUUUAUCCCGAGCAGGGUGCGCUGGGUGCUCGCGGAAUCGACUCUUGGCUCAGCGUUUGGAGUAACGGUUUGCUAUUGGAGAACGUCGAUGAACAUCGCAAAAAGGUCACGCGAUUCUUUCCCAUCGAGGCGCUUCACUAUUGCGCCGCGGUCAGACAUGUCAAAGGUGGAAACGGCGAUACGUCCAAUACGCGAUUUCUGCCGUUGGAUUCGCCAUUCGCUAGAACGCCCAGCGCUAAUCAUCCACCUCUGUUCGCCGCCGUGCUGCGAAGAACAACCGGAAUCAAAGUUCUCGAGUGUCACGCGUUUAUCUGCAAGCGAGACAUGGCAGCCAACGCCUUGGUGAGGUGCUGCUUCCACGCUUAUGCUGACAGCAGUUACGUAAAAGGUCUGGAGCCAUCGACAGCGACCGCUAACGGAGUCACGACAAAUCAUCAAUCAAACAACAGUCUCUAUCACACUCUGGGCGGCUCAAGCACGACCUUAGAUAGUCCUCAGCCAACCCGUUUAGACGCGACGUCAACUGACGAUAUUAGUUUGUACAAUGGCAACGAGAAUCACAAAGUUUGGGCCAGAGGUCGCGAUGAAGUUGACGGUCUUUAUCAAGAACAAGGUACCUUGAGAAGUACGAAAGGAUCGAGACCUCGUCAGUUGGUCGCCCCACCACCGCCGCCUCCACCACCACCCCCUCCGGCUCAGCCGUUGUUGUUGGAAGAAUCUUCUUCCUCUUCCGCACGACGAAAAGCCAACAAGAAGCUGAAAAAAAUGAAAACUCGAUCAUUACACGAGGACGCUUUGCAGCAGCAACAGCAACAGCUUCUUCAUCAUCAGAUGCAUCAAGGCGUGUACGCUAACGGUCACGGACAUCACACUCUGGGUCAUCCCAUCAGGCAGCAGCAUUAUCAUCCCCAUCCGUUACCACCUAGCAGUCGAUCGGUCGCCGGUACACUGGCCAGACCGGCGCCGGUGCUUCUAGUACCAGCGGCCACUUUGCCUCGAAAGAGUCAUCAUCCGCGUUUAAGGCCCAUUCCAGCGGCAACGCCAAUAGUCCCAGUUUACGCUCCCGUGCCAGUUGUACCGCCAUCCGCUGCGUCAGCUAUUUAUCCGGCUGGAACGUACGGCACAGCCGGAAACAGAAGCAGAAGACAUGUGCCAGAGGCGGAUAACUCCACCUUGGGCACGUCCAGGAGAUUAGCCGUGUCUCACGCGGAUCUUACCGCGACGGAAGUCAACCGGCAGACCGACAGUCCGGAGAACGAGUCGCGCUUCGGUACUGGCAUAUAUCGACGGAAGGGUCACCUGAACGAGAGAGCCUUUUCUUACAGCAUUCGGGCGGAACACCGAAGCAGGAGUCACGGUAGUCUUGCAUCUCUGGGCUUCAACGCGCAGAACGGCAACGCGCUGCCGAAGGAAGAGAAAAAGGAUCGCGAGAUCGCCCAACUGGUCGCCGGACUGAAUCUCAAUGACGGAUCGGAGCGGACGCAGGCUUCAAACCCGAGAACAGGAUACGGCCAUCAUCAACAGCAGCAGAUACAACCGCUACCCAGGCCGAGACCCCGUUAGAAUUACUGAUCGAGACUGUGGAUCCCUUUCAGUCUCAAGUUUUCAAUUCGAAACUUUUUUUUUGGGGGGCAAUCCAGAGCGACAUUCCGCAGGAGAGAGGAAAUCUUUCGCGCGUUUCGAAAGAGCAAUUUUCGCAACUUUAACGUUUUAAUCGGCAUAUUUAUCUUGUAAAUAUCUUCUUUAUAUUUUUCUGUUUACUGUCGAUGUUAGCAAUUUUUCGAAAUUUAUUAUUUUGUUUUUUUUUUUCCGGUCAAUCGCGUUGACGCAAGAACGAUUUUGUUGUUUGGAUUAACAAACAUCUUGUGGUUUGCUUUUUCAACCGUGACAUCGUCUGUAGGCGACUUUGCGUUCCGUCAUCGUGUUACGUGGUAAAAGGAUUGCAAAACGUUUUGUCGCAGUCUCCGUAGCGAGCGGAUGUCUUCUAUAAAUUGUUUUUUUUUUUUUGGUUUUCGAUGUAUAUACAUAUAUAUAUAUAUAUAUUUAUAUAAAUUGUAUGUAAAUAAGAAUAGAUCAUUUUUUUUGGCGACAAAAUAUCAGUGAAACGUCUUAGAUUACCGGUGACAUAAUCGCGCUGAGAAUUGUAACGACCUUUCCUGUCCGCAAAACGCAACUAACUAAUUAGGCGGUGGUUAUUGUCGUCUUACGAAGGAGACAGUUCUGCUGUCUGAAGCUCAUUAGACGAAGGCACGAAGCAUGCAGGAGAGACUGCUACAUAAUAUUUCCUUUGUGAAAACGAGUCUGGGAGAUCUCUUUCCGGAGAGGUUCCAAUGUCGCUGGCAUUAAUUUCGUUAACGCUUGAGAGAAUCAAACAAAAAAAAAAAAAAAAAAAAAUAUGUUACAUAAAAGAGAGAUAGUAAUGUCGAUCGUCGUCGAUAUUUGCAUUCGCGGGGAUAAUGACAGUCUCGUGUGUCAGAUCCGACCUAGAAAAGUGUCCUUCGUUGUGACAUUUUGCGGCCACGUUUGUUGUAUCGCAAUGUAUAUAUUAGCAAUAACGUUGCGCGAGAGAGUAAAAGUUGUAAAAUAAUAAUACCGACCUUGCCUCAAAAGUCACACGUUGAUAUUUCACGUUUUUUUUUUUUUUUUUUUUUUUUUUUUUUUGUUAUCGUCUUUGAACUUGCGAUUUUUUUAUUAUCCUACAAAUACAUAUUAUAACGGUUGAAAAAUCAAAUAUUAUAAUCGCGGUAGUGACAACUACGCCGCAUUAUGUAUCGUUUUUUUUUUUUCUUUUUUUGUUUUAAUUCUGUAGAUGACAGUGACAUCGAUGCGCUCAGCGAUUAAAAAUACUUGAUGCGCCGAGAAUCCUUUCGCAUGUGCACGUCACGAGUGCCGCUGAUGAUCGUGGAGAUGUUACAUACGCACACACACACACACACACACACACACACACACACACACACACACACGCUAUAAUUAACGUUUACGUCUCAACUGCCGCGAUGCGAUGGUGUAACAGUCAAUUCUCUAAUUUUGUUCUAAUUAACAAUUGAAUUACUUAAAAUUCUGGGCUGGGCUUUUCACAAUCGAAUCGUCUUUUACGGUAAAAGUAAACAAUGCAAACGCGCGCGAAGAUGCUAAAUGAUUCAUGAGCGUAUUAAUUAAUUCGGUGAUAAUAGCGAUCGGGGAAGCUAUGUAAGAACAAUUAUUCGUUCAUUACGCAAGUCGAACGUAGUAUUCAAAUGCGGUUCAGAGAAGCGUUUCUCCUUCGAUCGGUGCACGUCAUCGAGCGAGCAGAUUACGAGCGAUAAAAAUGAGGCCUGCCUCGCCUUUCUCCGCAAAUUUCUCUGCAUAAUGUAUAAAAGUUACGCAGAAAAAAUUAUGUCGAGAAAACGCAAUUUUCUUCUUCUUUUUUUUUUUUUCAAGAUUUUAUCGAGCGAGAAAGAGAGAUUUUCUCCGAAAUCGCACUUCGGGGACGAUGGCUACGACGAUAUUUGCCGACGAUAUAUUUGAAUCGUUUUUUCUAACGCGAACAAAAUAGAAACAAAAACAAUCUUACGUAACGAAAAAUCAUCCGUGCUCUCUCGACGGUGACGUUUACGCAAUCGCCACGAUUUUUUUGUCUCGUUCGACAUUAUCAUUCGAAUGGGAGAGUAAUACGCGACAAAAUUUCGUAUUCAGAAUUACAAGCGGCAAUCUGUGUGUUUUAUAAAUAAUUUGUCAUCGCGUUGCUUAAUCGACGCGCGCGUCUUCGAGGAGAAAAUUGCGGCAACACGUAGGCAUAUCGUAUCGUUAAUGCGUCGCCGCCGAGUCGUUAAAGGCUAAAGAAUUAUUAUUAUACAAAUCGGAAAAGAGACGGCAGAGGCGGCGAUUAUUUGUAGAAAUAAUCCCUCUCUUCGGAGAUCUCGCUAAAGAUAAAAACCCGCGAGCUGUGUAUCGUCAUCGUCACCUCUAACGAGCAAUUAAUCACGACCGGUGAUUAAAUAUCAAUCGAUUAUCUGACUGUAAAAGAAGAAAAAAAAACGCAAACGCGAAAGUCUUCUGUGGGAGAAAAAAAAAGAAAGAAAGAAAAAAAGAAAAAAAGAAUGAAUUCCACGCCACUGAUUAUUAUCGCGCACGUCGUCGCUUGCGCACGCAUGCGAAGGAUGCACACUUUAUUAGUCACCUGACUGUCGUUACCACGUUUCCACGUUGCCAAGGUUGCCACGCGGUCGUAAUUGCCUAAUCGGUACAUAUUUCUCACCGAGCUUUUCCCAAGCCGCUCGAGCGCGAUUUCGCCGCGCGACGUCUGACAAAAUAAAAAUUGUCUUGUGCACACACGUUAACUAUGUUACACGAGCAAAGAUCGCGUUGCCGCGGCUACUGCAGUUUAUUGAAGUAGAAAGUGAGUGUAAAAUAUGUAUGAGCCCCGACCGUACCGUGCAAGUGCGCGCGUGUGCUUACAUACCGACAUGAAAACAUAUCGCAUCUCUAUAUAUACAUAUAUAUAUAUAUAUAUAUAUAUACGUAUGUAUAUUUACUAAAUAAGCCGGUCGGAGAUAAUUAAAUGAACAUGCCAUUGAGAUGGAGAUAUAUCGGGCGGUGUCUCGAUUUUUUAUUUGAUUAUGAAACAAAAAAAAGAGAGAAAGCAAGAAACAAUUGUUGAGUCUAUUAAUGUUUUGUUUCAUCGACAAAACGUUUUGUUAACGAAACAAUCAUCUAAACAGGCUUGGCACAUUUUUUUUGCCGGCCGUAUAGUGAAACUAAUUUCUUGCUAUUCUAGCAAAUCUCUUUUUUCCAUGAUAACUUUUCCUUUAAACGCAUGAAAUCCAUUUCAAGUAAAGACCUGUGUAGUAAAAUAGUCUCUGAUUGAUAGUUUGUUGUAAUUUUCUUUUUUUUUUUUUUUUUUAACAACGAUAUAUCUUCCCUUCGAACGGACUAACAGUAGAAUGUUAAGGAAAAUUUCGAUCGCGCACGGUUGCUCGGACACGAGACGCUUUAUUUCACUUUACGGCGCAUAUAAUAAAUAACAUGUGCAUUGUAAUACGCGCUAUGCAUGCGCGAAUCUUUCCUUCGUCGUCGUCGUCGUCGUCGUCGGCUACAUUCCGUUCUCCCGUGUAAUUUUCAGGGUUAACCGCAACCGUCGUACGCGCGAUACUCUAGUUUCAGGAUUGCAACAACCGGUGGAAUGCAAAUUACCUUGAUUGGUGGCUUAAAUGGAGCGCGCGUUUUUUCUUUCGAAAUAAAUAAAUAAAUAAAAAAAAAAAACGAGUAUUUCGACCAUAUUUCGUUAUCUUCGAGCGAUUCGAAAGCUCUGUAAGAGAUUUUCUCUCGGAAAGUAUACGCGCUCUGGAUAUUUUACGAGAAAGAUUAUUAGACUGCAACAAAUUUUCCGAAAAAAAAAAAAAAAAGAAUUGGGUGAGGAAAAGUCUUUCGACGUUGCUUCUCUCGUUCGAUAGUAAAGACGAACACUUUUUUUUUUAUCUCGAUAAAGUGUGAAAAAAAAUAAGAAAUUUUAUGCAACAAAACGAUUUCCUCUUUCGUCAGACGGUUGCACGGAAAAUGUGACGAUUGUUAUCGGAGCUUUCGGAAAAAGAGCUCGAGAAUUUGUCUCAACGAGAAGUAAAAAGUUCACGACACUUUCGAACACUGAGAAGAAACGCGCGGUAGUGCACCACAACGGGGACCCGCGUUUCGGGACCCCGUUUUUCACGCCAGGAAAGAGCCAUUGUACUUAUAUAAAAAUAUAGAAUAAAACGAAAAACACGUUUCUUUUUUUUUGCGUUUGAGAGACGUGUUUGACAAUUUGUAAUUAGUAAUUAGUAACUCACAAUUAGAAUGUAAACGGCGCUAUACGUAAAACGCACAUACGUACGAAUGUGCUGUACGAACAGUACUCGCGGAGGGUACAGUUAUGGCGCCGUGUAUACGUAUAUAUCGCGUAACUGUAACGUUCUAUCUCGCGGUGUAAUCGCUCCCGUGUAUUCGGACAAUUACCGAUCGUCUCCCAUAAAACAGCCAAUUUUGCAUGCGCUCGUGCAUGCCGAAUGUACACUCGAUUGAUUUUAUAUUUGUUAAAAAAAAAAAAACAAUUGUACUAACAAUGUGCGUGGAAGUUAUAUCGAAGAAACAAGAACUCGUACGUACACGCACGUUUGCACGUAUCGCAAAUGAGCGCAGCCUUCGAGACAGGCUGUCUUAUAAAAAAAUCGCAAUAAAAAUAACACGAAAUGUAGAAUAACAUAACAAGUAGCAUUUAAUUAAACAAUUAAAAGAAUAACGUUCACGCGCCGCAAAGUAUCGCUCUUUAUUUUCGACUCGAAAACGUGUUAGAAACACAAUUACAUGGAAAAAAAAAAUGGUGUUUUGCUAUUACGUGACCGGCAAGAAACAUUUGCUCUCUGAAUCUACUGAAUUUUUUUGUCUCGUCAGCAAAACGUUUUUUUGUUGACGAAGUCCUGACACGCAAAUUUUUUUCUUGCCGGCCAAUAAAACUAAUUUCUUGCUAAUUUCCUCUGGCAAAUCUUUUUUUUUUUUUUCCGCGUAUGCAUUCGCUCGUAUAACGUAGAGACAUGAGAGAAUCGUCUUUGUUACUCGCUUUAUCGCGUAACUGGGUUUUAAAAAUAACAAGCACGCGUGACGAUAGAGCCGUGUUACCAGUCAAUCGCGCGGGGAGACGCACGCAUAGCGGUAUGCAAAAAGAGACAAAAGUGUGUCCGAGAAAAUAGCGCCUGUAGGAGAGCGUAUCUUGUUUGCUUCUUAUCGAAACCUUCCGCCGCCCGAGGUAAAAUGCUAAGUACAACAAUCGCCGGAAGAACGGUGAAAGAUAAAGAGAACGAGAGACGCCAUUCGAAGGAAUGCUAAUGGCAUCCGGAUGUCGGUAAACUACUACCACGCGACCUUGCGGCUUUUCACGGCAAGAUGGGAAAAAAAAAAAAAAAAAAA